GUUUAGUUCAUGAGUUGUUUAAUUUUCAUUUUUACCAUGAGUUCAUUUUACCCCCCGCCGUUCACCUUGCCCCCCCCCCCCCCCGGUUCAGAUCCCGUCAGGCGGAGACGGAGAGGGACCAGGCUGGGGAGGAUAAUAAACUGUUUAAACAGGAGUUUGGAGACAAGAUAGACUCUCUACAGCUGGAGGUGGAACGACUACGGAAACACAGAUGGAGUCUGGAGCAGGAGCUGAGGAAGGAGAGAGAGCAGGGAGGUGGUGGCCCGUACAUACACCCUGGGGAGAAGAGGACCUCAACACCCCAGGGAGACCCCAGACAGGUGGACGACAUGAGGAAGGAGAGCGAGCAGGGAGGUGGGUACAUACACCCUGGGGAGAAGAGGACCUCAACACCCCAGGGAGACCCCAGACAGGUGGACGACAUCAGGAAGGAACUGGAGGCCGUCAAAAAGGAGAAGGAGCAACUGUGCCAAAUCUUGGAGGACAAGAGCAGUCUGGGCUCAAACAUGUCAUUCUCACAAAACCAGGAUGAACAGGACCAGUCUUGUCUUGAGAUCCACCAGGCAUCCAUCUGCUCUCUAUGUGAACAGGACGAGUCCAUGACUAAGACCAAGAGACGGUGUGCUAACUGUCGAGGGGUGUUCUGUGACCUCUGUCUGACCAAUGAGCUUCCUCUUCCCUCUUCCAUCAACCCUGAACACGUCUGUGACACCUGCUACUCUCAGCUACUGCAGCAGUAUGCCUCCAGCCCAUCCUGAGACUCACACUUCCUCAUCUCUCUGGAAUGCAGUGACUAACUUCCUGUCUGACAACUUAACGCUGCGAUAUGAAACUUUUUGGGCGGUUUGACCGAUUUCACAUAGAAAUGCGAGUUAUAGAUCUGUCAUUCUCAUUGAAAGCCAGUCUAAGAAGCGGUAGAUGUUCUAUGCGGACUAUUUCUAUGCUUCCCAUUUUUGUUUUUGCAUCUUUCACUUUCAUUUUUUUUUUUUACACCAGCUUGAAAAUACAAUAUAUUUGGUUAUGGAAAAGAUAUUUCACUGGUUUGGAUUGAACAGUGAUUCCUCUACACUGUAUAUGAUUGUUUUGUCACAAACUGAAAUUAGACUUUUAGCAAUAAGGAAAUGGCGGAGCGAUUUCUGCACAGUGCAGCUUUAACUUCAUGGAAAACGGACUUUAAGCUUCUCAUCUCUAAUGGUUUCAGACGUCUGACGAACUUCAAUGACUCCAUGAAAAGGUAUAUAUUUUCAUAGCCUGGUCCCAGAUCUGUUUGUGCUAUUCAAACCAUGUUUGGCAUAUGGCUAAGAGUGGAAUGAUUUGCACAAACCGUUCAGGUCCCAGGUUGUGUUCUCUAGGUUAGGUGAAAAGUAUUUUACAUCAUGUGUAGGUAUCUGAACUGAACACAGUAUUUAUUCAGUUACUUGUGGCUUUUUACUCAAAACAUUUAUUGUGACACAUUCAAAGUAGGAUUGAUAUUUUAUCAGAUAUGACAUUUUGGUGAAACAUUGAAUUGUUUUUGUUCAUGGUUGAUCUAAACCUGGUGCAAAGCUUUGGUUUGACAACAGUGGGACAAAAUGCAACAUUGCCUAACUUUUUAAUUAAGAAAUUAAAAUAAUUAAAAUUUAAAAAAGGGAUUCUAUUGAUUAUCUGCCAGCUCUGUAAUUAUCUGGGUGAUGUUAGAGACAGAAUUUAUCUGAUUCUCAAGAUGUAAAUGUUUCUUUACUCAACAAUAAACUGAAGUUUUUCCAAGCCUG